AUCGCGCUGCUGCGUGCCAGCAGUCAAGAUGGCGGAAGCUGCAGCAGCAGCACCGGCCCCGGCGACAUCCGUGGAAGUGCGGCUCCCGGUUCCCCGCCCUCGCCUGGCUCAGAGCUUCUCCCGCGGGGCGGGCGAUUGGGACAAGGACCUGGUGGCCCCGGGGGACACCAUCACCACCGACCCAGGAUAUAUGAGGGGCCACGGGACAUACCUGGGAGACGAGAAGCUUGUUGCCUCUGUGGCUGGUGUUGUGGACAGGGUGAACAAGCUGGUCUGUGUAAAAGCUUUGAAAACAAGAUACAAUGGCGAAGUUGGUGAUAUUGUGGUUGGACGAAUCACAGAGGUUCAGCAGAAACGGUGGAAAGUCGAGACCAAUUCCAGGCUGGAUUCUGUCUUGCUCCUUUCAUCCAUGAAUCUUCCAGGAGGGGAGCUGAGGCGGAGAUCAGCAGAGGAUGAACUGGCAAUGCGAGAUUACCUGCAGGAAGGGGACCUUAUUAGUGCAGAAGUCCAAGCGGUGUUCUCUGAUGGGGCUGUAUCGCUGCACACACGGAGUCUGAAAUACGGAAAGCUUGGCCAGGGUGUGCUCGUCCAGGUGUCGCCUUCCCUCGUGAAGCGACAGAAGACCCAUUUCCAUGACUUGACUUGUGGGGCUUCCGUUAUCCUUGGCAACAAUGGGUUCAUCUGGAUCUACCCAACGCCCAAACAGAAGAAUGAGGAGGCUGGGGGAUUCGUCACCAACCUGGAGCCAGUGCCCUUGCCUGACCGUGAAGUGAUUUCCCGACUCCGGAACUGUGUUGUGGCUCUGGCAGCGCAGAAACAGAUGCUCUAUGACACCAGCAUCCUCUAUUGCUACGAGGCCUCCCUUUCUCAUGAGAUCAAGGACCUUCUCAAGCCAGAGGUGAUGGAGAAGAUUGUGCUGGAGACGCGCCAGAGACUGCUGGAACUGGAGGGGUGACUGGAGAGGGAAAGUGGCAAGGCAGUGAUGGUCCUUUCCUUUCAGGGAUCUAGCCUCCCUGAUGUUUUUUUCCCCCAGUGUGAGAUUUCAUUACAAAUCCCAUACCAAAUAGAAAAAGGGGGACUGUGGAAACGAUGAGAACUUUUGCUUAAGAAUCUUGUUAUCCUUUGUUAUGCUGCGGCCCUUCCAAUGAGGCUGGACU